GUGGUGGGGGCCAGCGGCGUGGGCAAGACUGCCCUGGUGGUUCGGUUUCUCACCAAGCGCUUCAUCGGCGACUACGAGAGAAACGCAGGUAAUCUCUAUACCAGACAAGUCCAGAUAGAAGGUGAAACUCUGGCUAUUCAGGUCCAGGACACUCCAGGUAUUCAGGUCCACGAGAACGGCUUGAGCUGCAACGAGCAGCUGAACAGGUGCAUCCGCUGGGCAGACGCUGUGGUGAUCGUCUUCUCCAUCACCGACCGCAAGAGCUAUGAACUCACUGGCCAGCUCCACCAGCACGUCCAGCAGCUCCACCCGGGUGCCCGGCUGCCUGUGGUGGUCGUGGCCAACAAAGCUGACCUGCUGCACAUCAAGCAGGUCGACCCUCAGCUCGGACUGCAGCUGGCUGGCGUGCUGGGCUGCUCGUUCUACGAGGUGUCCGUCAGUGAAAAUUACAAUGAUGUCUACACUGCCUUCCACAUCCUGUGCAAAGAAGUGAGUCACAGACAGCAGCCCAGUAGCACGCCCGAGAAGCGGAGGACCUCCCUCAUUCCCAGGCCCAAGUCACCCAACAUGCAGGACCUGAAGAGGAGGUUCAAGCAAGCUCUGUCUGCCAAAGUGAGGACUGUCACCUCCGUCUGAAGCAGGGGCACUUCAGGGCUUUGGUCUUCCAGGAAGAGGGCCUGAGGUUCUUCCGGGGCAGGAACAUUGAAUGCUGACUAAUUCACCUUCCGGGGAGGGCCAGAGCAGAGGGGCCGAGAGGGCCUGUGGAACUGCAGCAAGCACUGUUCUGAGCACGGGCAGAACUGAGGAGGCCUGCAGGAGCCCGGGCUGCCCCCUGGAGGUGUGGGAUGGCCUCUGGGUCUUCUCCACUGGAGAGGAGAAGUGAGCAGAACUGCUUUGGUUUUUGUCUUCACUACCUUGGAAAAUGCCAGUGGUGGUUUUACCAAAUGCAUUGAUGUGGUUCAUGGUGGGGAUGAGAACAGAGGAAGUGUUCAGGGGCUGCUUUUCCUUCUCUCUCCCCCCUUCCUUCCUUCUUUCGUUCAUCCCGAGAGGAAGAAUUUCUUUCCUCUGUAGGAUUUGCAUCUCUGGAACUUGAUUCCUUGUAGAAUGCCUUUCUAACCUGAAGGUUACCGCGUUAUCUUUCUUCAAGAACAAGAGGGAGAACCUUCUUCUUGCCCAGAACAUCGAGUUUAAGGGCAAGACUGUCCUGUGCAGAGACCUCUAAGCUGCAUGGUCCGCGGGAAAGCACGGUCCCCCCGCCAUGGGCUGAGGGCGUGUCCCUGGACGUGUGUUGAGUAGUCGUGAACAUAGACUUCACAGACUGCCUCAUUGAGAGAUUGUAUAGUUUGUUCUUAUUUUUAACUGUUGUGUCAGGCCCAGGAAAAAAAGCGUCGAUUGAUUUGGCUGUGAUUGGAGUCAGUGGCUCACGGCGAUGACGUUGGGUUGCUUCCUUGGCCUGCCCGCGCAGGGACUAUGGGUGGCUAAAUACAGAAACAUAUCUUACAGUGACCGCACAGAUGCCGGGGCUCCCCGCCAAAUCCCCUACACAGAUGCACUUUAAAUAGCCACUCAUGCUUUGGCUUAAACUGUAAUUAAUUUAUUUUAUGUACAAUAAAUCUCAUUUUAAAAGAGCAGACAUCUGAGUUGGUCCUUAA